CGCAGCCCACCAGCCUCCGCGACGUCGUCGCAACCUCGCGGUUUGGUCCCGCCCCGCCCAUCGCCCCGCCCACCGCUUCGAUUGGCCCGUCUGUCCGGCACUCUGGGAGACUCUGGCCCGCAAGGCCCUGGAGCUCGUGCUUGAGUGUGUGCAGCUGAGCGUGUGUGAGGUGCGGAGUGGAGCCGGGCGGCUUGCUGGCGCCGGCAGCCUGGGUGAAGCAGGUCCUCUACGAAUGGUUUAGCACCAGGCGCCCCACGAACGUGCAGUGCGUGACGGGUGAGGGGGCGGCCGCCUUUCCGGCCGCGCCCCGUGUCCCAGGACGAAGGGCUCUCCGCACCGGACCCCGGUCCCAACUGGCUUUUUGUUCUAUUUUGGCACUCUUAUGCUGAUUUAUAUGUCUAUCCAUUAUGCUGUUACCAUACACUGCUUUGAAAUUAGGUGAAUGGAGAGGGACUCAGCCAUACAUGUACAAGUAUCUGUUCUCCCUGAUUCCCCUCCCUUCCAGGCUGCCACAUAACAUUGAGCAGAGUUCCAUCUGCUAUACAGAGUUUUAUAGUGUCCUGUCUCAUGACCACAAGGAGGGUUCGAGCCAAGGGGCAGCUCCCGGGACUGUUGCUGCUGGUGCCCCCAUCCCCACAGUGAGCGACUGCCAACUCACGCCUGCGCAGGAGACCCUCCAGCACUGGCAGGACUACAGUGCAAAGUGCCCUUGGUGCUUAAGGCCCAGCUGCCCGCUCCUCCAGAGAGACUCCCUGAUCGCACACAACUCCAUCCCCUCCAGCUGCUGCCUGAACCGCACAGUUCUGCAUUCACAGACACCCUGCCUGAGGCAUCCUGAAUGUGUCGGACCUGAACCUCAGGCCUGGAACAAGUGCUGCCUCCUCCAGGAAGCCCUCUCUGAGCACCCAGGCACAGAGGGCUUUGCACACAUGAAUGUUCUCGUGGCCCUUGCCUGUGUCCCCUUGUCCCCCAGCCCCGUAAACAGCUUCCUUAUGAAUCCUGCCUCUCCAGCCAUGGUGGGACCCCAUGUGCCAGAAGGUUGGGCCUGGCCACCUCCCCUCCUCCCCCAGCAAGUGGCCCCAUCUACAUCCAGAGCCCAAGAAGACAGAGCCUCGCUGGGACCAGGGACCACAGAGACUCUGGGAUGUGGAACGGCGGUGCUCUUACACAGGUGGGCCAUGGAGAGGUGAAGUAACGCGCCCAAGUGUGAACAGCUGCGAGGCAGUAGCGGUGUUAUCUAUAGUUCACUGCCCAGUACUUUUGAAUUCAGCCUUCCUGACCCCACCCUGGGGGCAAGUUCUGUCUCACCUGCGUCCACGCUGCCUCCAGUGCCCCAGGCUCCAGGCAGACCGGCUGCCACACAGAGGCCACGGGGCCCUCCCUCUCCUGCUAUUAGACAGACCUUCCUGUUCCCUUCUGCUGGAGCCCGCCCACCCUCCGUGGAUCAGCCCAGAGACGCCCACAGCAUGACCUCCAAGACAGCUUUCCAUCUGCCUGCUUCUUACCCCGGACCCUCUGCCCCAGGCCCAGCCCUGCCCUAGUCCUUGAACCCUGCCUCUCGCCACAUCAGCGCCCACGUGGGCAGCGCAGUGUUCCUGACGGGCCUGUCCACGUCCACUAACCCAACAGCCAGGCAACCAUCUAGCAGAGGCCAGAGUGCUCUGUGCACAUGCAAAGUACUCACCUUCCCCCACCCCAGCCCCAGCCCCCAGUGGCUUCAUGCAGGCUGGCUAAUUCCUCCCUGGGCCCCUCCUCAACACCCCUCCGCACCUCCCUUGGUCCAGCAUCCGUCCACACGGCUCACCCCAUGUCCUCUCACCCACCACUUGCCCCUCCCUCCACGGGGUCCCUCAGACACCACAUCCUCCUUGGCCUGGCUGGAGGCGCCUGUUGCCCCAUGGGCUCCAGAGCAAGUCAUGUUUAGCUGCACUGUGUUUGAGUGGCCACGGUGGCUUAUGUUUUGAUUGCUGUCUCCUCUGACAGUGGGUAAACCCACAGUCGUUUCGCACCCUGCCCAAACCUGCAGUGCUUACAAAGUGUUUGUUCAAUGAAUGAGUGGAAGUUGUUCUUAGAGACCCGCAGUGGUCUAAGCAGGCGUGAUGCACAAGGCAUUGGCCAGCUGCUUCCUGUCUGUCAACUUAAACACAAGCUGUGUCUUCAACUACAUACGCUACCUGACCUUUUUCACCUGCCCAAGACUGUGUGCACACAGCUCUUUGUCUAUCUUUUUCCAAAUUAACUUCACCUUCAUUUUCCCUUUAUCCCAGUUUUGUCAUUAAAUAAUUUUCACUCUGUUA